AUGGACUACACAAACAAGCGUCUCCAAGAGGAGGCCGUCAAGCUUCAAGCCCAGGGAAGCGACGCCUUCUUCACCCCCCUCAACAUCAUCCUCCUCCUCGUCCUCGGCUACACAAUCUACUCCAUGCUGAGCCCGACCCCUCCCCCGAUCCUCCCGAAAGAGCCGCCCGCGACCGUCUUCCGCGUCUUCAACCCGCGCACACUCCUCCCCUUCGACGGAGAGGGCGACAGGCCCAUCUACUUCGCCGUCCGGGGUCGCGUGUUCGACGUCACGGCAGGCCGCAACUUCUACGGCCCCGGGGGCCCUUACUCCAACUUCGCCGGCCGGGAUGCGUCGCGAGGUCUUGCUAUGGGCAGCUUCGACGAGGACGUGUUGACGAAGGAUCUCGACGGGCCGCUGGAUAAGCUCGAGGGCCUCGGACCGGACGAAUGGGAGGCUCUGCAGGGCUGGGAGGAGCAGUUUGAGAGCAAGUACUUGGUUGUUGGCAAGCUUGUCCCAGUUGGCGAGGAAGAGGAGGAAGACAAAUAG